UUGUCUAAAAACUUAAAAUUCCAAUAUAUUAGACUUAAAAACGAUAAUAUUAUGAUCAUACUUCCAAUAUUCUCUUGAAUAAGUGGUAAAAUGAAUUUUAAUGCUUCCAGAAAUGUGGCGGGUGCUGGUAAUUUACGGAAGGCGAAGAGGGUGAGUGACGUGGCGGCGAUGGGAGCACCGUCACCACCUCCAGCCUUCGGCCCUGGCACUCCGUAUAACGCUGGUUUCCCACCUGCCGGUCCACCGCCUCCUUACCAGGAAGGAAUACAGUUAGACAAUCAAGAUUUUGGGUCUGCGCCACCUACAGGAAAUUUUGGAUAUGGAGGUAGUUUUCCGCAAUCCCCUAUUGUGAACCCAGCACAACUUGGCUCCAUGCUGCAUCAGCCCGUAGUUCAGGACAUGGCAAUGCAGUACGGCAACCAGCUGGCAGCGCAGGGCCGUGAAGUUGUCAAGCGGGAGCUUAACAAAUACGUGCCUGUCUCGCGACUGCGGUAUUACUUCGCUGUUGACACGCGUUAUGUGCUGAAGAAACUCAUGCUGAUAAUGUUCCCAUAUACACACAAGGAGUGGAUGGUGAAAUACGACCAGAACACACCGGUGCAGCCCCGCGACGACCUCAACGCACCGGAUCUUUACAUCCCUUCCAUGGGCUACGUGACCUACGUGCUGCUCGCGGGGUUCAUGCUAGGUCUUCAACAUCGAUUUUCACCGGAACAAAUCGGCAUGCAAGCAUCUUCAGCACUCGCGUACAUUAUCUUCGAAAUGAUUCUCUACCUGUUCACCUUGUACAUCACCAGCACAAAUACCAGCCUGAAGACAUUGGACCUGUUGGCAUUUUCCGGAUAUAAAUAUACAGUAAUGAUCGGGAGCCUCCUCGGGGGACUAAUUUUGGGCAAGACGGGCUACUACUGCUCGCUGGUCUACACUAGUAUUGCGCUUAGCUAUUUCUUGGUGAAAACCCUCCGCCUGCAGCUCCUUUCCGGGUCGCAGGCGCCCGAGCCGGCGGCGCCGUACGGCGGCGGAGGAGGGGGCUACACGCCCUACGGCGCGCCCAACCCCUACGCAGAACAGUGGAGGAAGCCCGCGGGGGGUACAAAACGAAGAGUGUACUUCUUAUUAUUCGUAGCUAUAACGCAGCCGCUGCUGUCGUGGUGGCUCACCUACCACCUGGUGCCGUCGGCUGCGCCCGCGCCGGUCGCCGCGCAGCUAUAGCGCCUCGCCGGGGUAGCCCGUUCCUACGACGCCGCUCCACUCACUUGAAAGCAGAUUGAUUCCGUUCAUGGCCGAAUGUAAAUACGUGGGGUCGACUGUGCGGUUCCAAAUAUAUGAUUUUCUUUCGAAUUCAACUAUAUUAAACUAUUCAUAUUUUAAAUGCACCCGUACUUAUUUUAUAGCAACAAAUUGAGAAACUUUUCACUGUAGAAAGUUGUUAUUUUACUAUUCGAAGGAUCUUGAGAAAAAUUUCAAUCUAGACACGAUACGGUUAUUUUCUGUGUUUAAAACAGUGGACGGGAAUAGUCAUACCGACAUAAACAGUAGGUACAUAAUUCCGUUAAUAACGGCCUGUGUUUUGUUAAUUUUUCCAUCUUGUACAAAAGACUUGAAAAGUUGUAAAAUUUUGUAAAUAAGAAAAUGAAUGCCUGAAAACUUGUAGCUGGAUACAAAAAAAAAUUAUACUAAAAUAGUCAUUUAUACUUGAGUUUGCAUUUUCCUAUACGUUAUUAUUUAUCAUUUACUUGUAAUGCGAGGGAAUUGUGUGUACAAUAAAGAUUUUUAUAUUAUAAUGAGAUGUUUAACUGGCUUUUACAUAAUUUACAAAAGAGACGUAUAUUUUUAAUACCGUUCGAUGUCCCUAGUCGACUAGUGAAAAAUAAUCAUCUGUUCCAUUCAUCUUAAUCGAGCCGAACAAUUAUUAUAUUGAAGAAUAUCAUCAAUUUGUAAAGUACUCUACACCCGGUGGAUAUGAAACAAAAUUGUACCACAUUAAGAGCCUAUGCCCAUGGCGUAUUUUAUACGCGCUGACGACGUGCAGAUGACGCGCGUUAACUCGUCGCAGCAAAUAAACCUUUGCACACGUUCACAAAUUCGGUUAUCUGCGCAUAUACGCGCUGCAGUAUGUAUCGCGCAUUUUGAUAAGAGAUAGUUUUAGUUUUGUUUGUUAAUUUCAGUUACUUUUUUUUAAAUGAAUUAACAACAAUGGAGUAUAUAGAAGUUUCUUGCUUGCAACGCGAUAUCGUGUGUCUAUAUCGUGUUUUACGUACGUUUGUAUCGCGUUGUACGCGCGUUUGUAUCGCGUUGUACGCGCGUUUGUAUGAAUACAAACGCAACAAUCUGCUUUUAGAGCCGCUACGGCGUGUAUACGCGGUAAAAUGUCCUUACUUACCUGUAGUUACUAUAAUCCUUGUUUCUAAUGAUGUUGAUUUUAGUUUAGAUUUUUACCUCUAGCAUGAAUUAGGGAGUCACCACACUUGCCGGCACAGAAUCGCAUUAAGCCGAUCAGAAAAAGCUUUACAUCUCAAGAGCGAAAAAGAUGUAACGCGUAUCGCUUCCGCUCGGAACGUGCCGACGCGAAACGCAUAACAUUUUUCGCUCUUAUGCCAUGGAUAUAAAGCUUUUUCCGACCGGCUUACGCCGAUUCUGCGUUGAAUAGUGGAGUGCCUCCAUUGAAUGAUAGUUGUCGCUAACGAGCGAGCGCGUGACAUAUAUCUAUAUAUUAUGCACAAUAUUGCUUCUUUUAACAGCCAGUAGCGCUGUAAAUUUGCUAUACAAAGUUAUUGUAAAGUAACAUAUUUUGCGCAAUAUCUAUCAACGAUAAUUGUAAGUAAUGAAACUAUUUUUCCGGAUUUAAAUCGCGUAUAUUUGUUUUUUCAAUCCGGGUUUAAAUUGUAAGGCUCAAUUUUCAUUGUGGCGGAACGGAAUGGUAUGGAAGCGUCAAUUUCGCCUCCAUUCCAGCGACCGCGCCUUAAGGCUGUAGUAUUUCGUCAACGUUUGACGUCACACUGCGCCUGCCUUCGCGCCACUUCGUUUCGACAGGCGUCGCCGACGACAGAAUCCUCGCCAAUGCGAGCAUUCUCGAACAUGCGCGAAAAUUCCACGGAAGACGCGCGACGUGAUUUUUUGCUCAUAUCUAGUUUGAACGUUAUUUAAUUGACCAUAAAGUUCAUUACGCUAUGUAAGUAUAUACAAUGUCAUUACAAAAAUUCGCUUCUUUUCUGUUCCGCUGCAAUAUAAGUUGAGCCUUACUGAUGUACGUGACAAAGGCACCUGUGUUAAUUGUAUACAUCUCACUGCUUUGCAAUGGUCUAU